CGCCCCGCCCCGCCCGGGGACCGGAGAACUGCCGGGUCGGGUUGGGCAGCGGCGGCAGCAGCAGCAGGAGGAUGGGGCUGGAGCUGUUCCUGGACCUGCUCUCGCAGCCCUGCCGGGCGCUCUACAUCUUCGCCCGGAGCAACAACAUCCCCUUCGAGUUCAAGCAGGUGGAGCUGAUGAAGGGGCAGCAUAGGACAGAGGAGUUCCGGAAGGUGAACGUCCUGAUGAAGGUGCCUGCGCUAAGGGACGGUUCUUUCACCUUAGCAGAGAGCAUCGCAAUCCUCCUGUACCUGGCCCGGAAAUUCAAGACUCCUGAUCACUGGUACCCAUCUGACCUGCAGAAAAGGGCUAGGGUCGAUGAGUACCUGUCAUGGCAGCACGUCAACAUUCGUGGGAAGGGGAGCAAGCUGUUCUUAACUAAGGUGCUGCUGCCUCUCCUCACAGGCCAGCCACUUCCUCCAGAGAAAGUGGAAGGUGUUACUGAAGAACUGAACGUUGUCCUGAAGCAGUUUGAGGAGAAAUUCUUGCAGGACAAGCCCUUCAUCGCAGGCAGCGAGAUCUCCCUGGCAGACCUUGUAGCGCUGGUGGAGCUCAUGCAGCCUGUUGGUGCUGGCUAUGACCUCUUUGAGGAGAGGCCGAAGUUAGCAGAGUGGCGCAGGCGGGUGGAAGAGGCAGUGGGGAAGCAGCUCUUCCAGGAAGCCCAUGAAGGGAUUUUGAACGCCAAGAACUUGACUGCUGAUAAGAUUGCACCCGAACUGUUGGAGCAUUUCAAGCACCAGCUCCUAAAGCAGGCCAGCCAUAAUUAGGGGGUUAUCCUUUAAGUAAAAUGGAUUAUUUUGCGCAGGCUUUUUGUAGUAUUUCAGCAUUUCUUCUAAAAAUCAUACAGAAACACCAUUCCACAAAAUGCACUUCAAUCACAGCCCUUCCGCAGCUUAGAAGGGAAGAAAACUACAUCUUAAACUGCAGUGAGCUGCUUUCCCCUCUUGUCCACUACAGGUACGUGAGCUGUAGCCCUGUAGGCUUUUCUUUCUUGCUCCAACACCACUGGAUUUGCGUGAGGACAGAGGCGAUUCGGUCUGCGUGGGAAGUGGGGCCAGUCAGAACUGCCCUCUCAUCCCUGUUGUGAGUUUUCCAGGUCACAGCACUAUAGAAGGGGCAAAGGUUUCCUGAGGGUAUGGCAGAGCAGAUCUGUCUGAAACAAGAAAAAUCAUCGAAAGUGGCUUUCACUUUGUAACAAGCUCAGCUGGAAGAUUUUUGCUCUUUCAGUAGAGGGACGGGUCAGGACCCAGCCCUCGGUGGGGACCCGGCCACUAGAGGCGGCUGCUGCCUCACCUCUGGCAGCAAAGGGGCAGCGCCAAGGAGCAGGGGGGCUGUGCAGGUACCCAAAGGAACCCUCCAGCUCCUGGGAAGGAUCGGGUUAGUCCCGUGAGUAAAGAUCUUCAACCAUAGACUCGUGCCGUACUGGGCAAAGAACAGCCUGCGCAGCUCAGCAAAGCCGCUUUUCUAGGUGAAGCUGGUGCCGACCACACGGUCUCCACGUGCAAACCACAUCGGUGCUUUUGUCCUUUCCCCAGAGCAGCUUUGUCAGCUGGAUGGAAGCCGUUCAAGCUGGGUUCUCUCCACUGCUGCGUGCUGCUGUGGCUGGGCCAGCGCUGGUGGCAGAGGGAGCUGUGCUGGCCAGCCCCGGGGUGAGCAGAGUGCACAGUGUACGAGCUGAGUAAUGCCUCAAAUACAGAUAGUGUUCCACUACUCUUCUGUCACGUUGGAUUCUCCAGUAAAGUGAAAGGUUAACACUU